AUGCCUUUCAAUAUUACUAUCACAUCCUUCAAUCCAUUCCGCCUGUUCAGGCGUACAAACCACAAAGAAAUUGAGCUCAAAGACAACUGGGCUUUUCGGAAGCUGCAAAGCGAGAAUGUUAAACUUCACAGAGUUUUGAAGGAAGCCAACAACACUCUUGUGGAACAAGAGAAGCUACUUGCAGAGUACGAUUGUCUUCUUGCACAUUUUCAAGCUCGGGAAAUCGAUCUGAAAGUUAGGCCAUUUCGCACUGACCAUUCUAUCCCAAUGCCCCUUAACUCAUUCAGCCUCAAAUUUACUUUAGAAUCAUGCUGGAUUGAAAGCCACUGGUUCUGUAUGAACCAUGAUAUCCUGUGCCUCUAUGAAGGAGAAGUUCAUUGGAAACAUGGAAACCCCGGCUUGGCAUUUGAUCAUGUCGCCGAUUCCAUCACGACCAGCUCAUUCCAUCACGAUCUAUACCUUGCCAGCUGCCAGAAACUGCGCUGCCAGGUCUUUAUUGCCGCCCUCUUGCAUACUUUUAAAAGAUACGAAGAGUCCAACCGGCUGAUUGAUAAUAUCCUGAAACUUAUCGCUACUGGUCAUAUGGAAGCUGGUCAGCGUGACGGCUUGUUCAACAAGCCAACCUCCAAGGACAUUUAUGGCAUUGCCCACUAUGUUCAAGGAAAGAAUCUGAAGGAGCUUGGCAUAAUUUCUGAAGCUUACCUUUCGUUUUCACGAGCACUGGAAGUUCCUCACUACCAUGAUAAGGCGCGGAACUUCCAGGAACAACUCAUCGUGUAUGAAACCGGUAAGGUUGCAGAUGCUUGCUCCGAUAGGGCAUCCAGUAGGGCCUCUUUUCGUACUAUCUACAGCCAACAAGGAUUUGCAAGCUCCAAAUCUGGCUUCGGCUCCAUCUCUAACCAAGUUGACGAUUAUAAUCGUUUCAACGAUACAAAUUGGUAA